AUGACAGGGAGACGGGCGAUUCGUAUUGGAAAUUGCUCUGGGGCUGGCGAUGAUGGCCUCGACCACCUUUACCGUUUGGCUACUGAAGGUCCACUAGACGCCGUGUUUGCCGAUUAUCUAGCUGAAGUGAAUAUUGCCUGGCGAGCGCCUGAGAAGGAAGAGAAUGCGGAGCUAGGUUACGAAAAGUGA